CUGAAAUCUGUCUGAACCAUGUCCCGUCCGAGAAGCCGAGCAAUGGUUGCCUUGGCUUUGACUCUCACUGCGACCUCGCAUUUCUUCAAUCUUCGUUGUUUUGUUCAGCCUAGUGCUCGAUACCCGACGCGCCCAGCAGGUUGUAGCCAUGUGUGCUACGCUUUUCCUGGAGCAGAGAGCUUAGUUGCAACCAUCAACAAUGGCUUUACAGCGGUGGAGAAUGCGAACAAAGUGCUGCAGUUUGGUGAUUUGCUUCAAAAGUGGUCGUCAGUGAUGCCCGGAGCAAAGUUGAAGCUCGAGGUCGACAAAAGCAGCGAAGCUGAAGUCUUGAAGCAUGUGGAAAAACUAUGCAAAGAGAUUGCGCAUGAAGUAGACAACAACAAGACAAUUUCAGUCUUGGGGAUGAGUCAGCAGCGGCAAGUCACUCUUGGUACGAGGGUAGUAGAUGGUACCCCAUUCCAGAAGCUGAUGACAAAAGUUCUGGCUGUCAAUCGAUCAGGGUGCACGGCUGUGCAUGCUGAGCCUGGGGUGGGCAAGUCCAUCGCAUCAUUGAGGGCAUUGCCAGCUGGCAGAGUGUCCAAGAACUACACAGUGCUGCUUGAUGGUGGCUUUCGCGCGGAAAUGAUGCGAUUCUUCAGAGUCACCAGCUUUGACUUGGUUGUUAGCGUUGCCCGCUUGGUUUUUCCAGCCCUCACGCAAGCUGGUGUAUGCAUGAACAUGAUUUUUGAUAACGGUGUCGAAGAGGAUGAAGACUUCCAUAAGUCGAGGACUGAAUGGAUUUCUCUGCUGAAAGCAGCUUACGAAUCUGGUCAUCACUUGAUUGUAGUUACUCAGUCAGAAGCCUUAGCGAUGAAGAUUGGCAGUCUGAAUGGUGAGAGAUCGCGAGUAUCUGCAGAACAAGAAGCGCCGGUAAAAUACAGGUGGGCAAAGGAACAGGCGCGUGAAUACCUCGGCUAUUUGCUGGAAGCUCGAAACAUCCAACCUGAAGCAGUCGAUGUGGACAAGCUUCUUUCCAGCUGCUCGAUACCAGAUGUUUAUGGGGGAUGGAAGCCAAUAGCAAUGAGCAACUACUUGGACUUCAACGAAACGCCAGUUGUACUGAGCAGUGCCGCCCCGCAACCACCCCCAGCAGUGUGGGUCUGUCAGCUGGGAAGCCCUGAUGGCAAGGACUUUGAGAUCGUCGGCAACGCAUUCAAAAUCACUGCGAGUGUUUCAGAUGUGGAUGACUUGAAGAAGGCAAUCGACCCUUCCUUCUCUCCGUUCCAAUCAUCCAAGAUUGACAUUUACAGCCAGAAGGAAGAGGGCUGGGUCAGAGAAGAUGAAGAAGCAGCAGUCAACCGCGGCAAAUCCAAGGCAGACUGCUACGGAUUCAUGUUACCAGCUGGAGCUGCUGGAGCCGCAUAGUUUGAGGCUACUGCUAGCUGUGGUCACUUGCUAUUCUCGGCUGAGGCAAUGCUGGGGCACAACGUUUCACCUCGUGCAGUGACAAAGGGUGCAGUCGCAGGCACAGUUGUUUCGUUGCAGUGCAUUUUUGCUUGACUCUGGAAGC